CCCCCGCGCCGUCACGUCCGGAGGCGGGUUUGCCGGGUUUGCCGGGCUUGUCCGAGCAUGUUGCUUUCGGUUUCCCCGCAGUCCGCCUUGAAAAGCCUGCCGCGCGCCGCCCAAAGUCCUCGCUGCGUUUGUUGGGGGAGUCCGGGAGCUGGAGAUCAUCCGCUAGCCAUGGCAGCUCUGCAGGACUUCCAGACAUUUGUCUUCCUCGAUCUUGAAACCACCGGCUUGCCCCAUGACCAGCCUCACUUGGCUGAGCUCUGCCUCUUUGCUGUGCACCGCCGUUCACUCCAGUGCUCUCCGCUGCCGGGCACCCCCCAGCUACCCCGCAUCAUAGACAAGCUCACUCUCUGCGUUGAUCCCCAAAAGCCCUUCACCCUUGAAGCAGAGAGGAUUACUGGGCUGAGCAACCAAAACCUGGAGGAGAAUUGCAAAGCAGAUUUCAACCGCGGUGUGGUGGAGAUACUAAAAGGGUUUCUGCAGCGGCAAAUGGGCCCAAUCUGCUUGGUGGCUCACAAUGGCCUUGGCUUUGACUUCCCCCUGCUUCGUGCAGAGCUGUGGCGAGUGGACACUGACCUGCUCCCGAGCACCGGCUGCCUGGACACACUGCCAGCCUUGAAGGAGCUGGAAAGAUCUCCUGGCAUGAGCUACCAGCUUGGGGCACUCUUCCGACAUUUCUAUGGACGUGAGCCUAUUAGGGCCCACUCAGCUGAAGGUGAUGUGGUCACUCUUCUGCUAGUGUUUCUUGCCAAAGCCCCUGAGCUAAUGACAUGGGCAGCUCGUAAUGCACAGAGCUGGGGGGAGAUUCGGCCUAUGUACCUCCUAAGCAGAAGCAGGAAUUGAUAGCAAGAAAGAUGACAUGACCUCUUUCCCCACAAGUGCACAUCCACACAGAUCAAACCUUGAAGUGUCCUCCUGUACAGGGCUACUUCCUGUGUGCAGUGGAAAUGUGGAAGACUUUUGCACUGUGGGAAGUUAGUGGUGUACGGCAAGGACUCUUCUUGUGCCCAGACCUUGGUUUGGGGGGUGUGCCUGCAGCAUUUCUAAUCUUGUGUUGGACACCUGUUGAUAAAGUGGCUAAUUUCUUA